AUGAAGGGCCGCGCGGAAGCCAACUGGGACGCGCGGGCGCUAAUCCACAGGGGGAAAAAGAACGGGUGCCUUUAUAUCGCGGCCGCCGCACGCAUUCUCCCCCUUUCACCAUCCUCCACCAUGGCGAUCGCCCGUCCCAUUCGCAUGCUCGGUGCUACAUGCAUCUUACUUUGUUUGUUCCUGGUCUUUCAGUUGCGACAGGAUUCUCCCAAAUCCACUUCGAAACUCGUCCAUGGCAUGUCCAGAGACCCUCUUCUAGACCCUGUCGGUGAACCUGAAGGCGAAUUAUGGCGAGCCGAAGAGCACGACUACUCCCCCGAUGGCGAGAAGUCCGCUCGCACCAAUGCCGCCAUCAUCUCCCUCGUGCGCAACGAGGAACUCCGCGACUUGAUCCAUACCAUGCAGGACCUCGAGCGCACUUGGAACAACAAGUUCAACUAUCCCUACAUCUUCUUCAAUGACCAGCCUUUCACCGAAGAAUUCAAGCGCCAGACUCAGGCGCUCACCAAGGCCAAGUGUCAAUACGAACUCGUCCCCAAGGAGCAUUGGGGUGUUCCCGACUGGAUCAAUAUGGAUCUCUUCCGGGAAUCUGCUCAGAUUCUCGAGGAGGAAAACAUUCAGUACGCCUCGAAGGUCUCCUACCAUCAGAUGUGCCGAUGGAACAGCGGCAUGUUCUACAAGCACCCCGCUCUCGAGAAGUAUCGCUACUAUUGGCGCAUUGAGCCCAAGGUUCAGUUCUUCUGCAAUGUCGACUACGAUGUGUUCCGCUACAUGGAGGACCGAAACAAGACCUAUGGCUUCACCAUCAACCUGUACGACGCCCCGCAGACCAUCAAGACCCUCUGGCCCGAAACCCGCAAGUUCCUGGCUGCGAACCCAUCAUAUCUGAACGAGAACAACAUGUGGGAUUGGAUUACGGAUGAUCAGGCGCGCCCCGAGCACACCGCGGGUGGCAACGGAUACUCCACCUGUCACUUCUGGUCCAACUUUGAGAUCGGCGAUAUGGACUUCUUCCGUGGCGAGAAGUACGAGGCCUACUUCCAACACCUGGAUCGUGCUGGUGGCUUCUUCUACGAGCGCUGGGGUGAUGCGCCGGUCCACUCCCUCGGCAUCGGCCUCUUCGCGGAUUCCAACAACGUGCACUGGUUCCGUGACAUUGGCUAUAAUCACAUUCCCUAUUACAAUUGCCCGAACUCACCUAAGUGCUCCGGCUGUACCCCAGGCAAGUUCUUCGCCGGCGCAGACUUCCUGUCCAAAGAGGACUGCCGGCCGACAUACUUCAAGUACGUCGGCACUCACUAG